AAUUUAAUACUAAAAAAACAUUUUUGGGGACAGUGGAGGAGGGUGAUAUGGUCAUUUCGUAGCUUCUCCAUGAGUCCACCACCGUACCUAAAACAAUUCUUCACAACGUCAAAAAAGUAGGAACACAGAGCUGAAACGCCUGUAGAGAGAGAGAGAGAGAGAGAGAGAAGGAGAUAGAUCUAGAAUGAAGAAGGUGAGCUGAGCUAUGCGAAGGAGAGAAAGCGGAAGCUCAUCAGGCGAACUGUUCUUUCAGGUGAUCUUCGCGAUCUGUGUGCUUUCGGACUCGAUGUCGGUACUGUUAGAUUCCGUUUGUGUUACUUACCUAUUGCUUUGGCCAGUGAAGUAUGUUCUGUCUCCAUUUUGACCUUCUUUGACUUGAGGAAAUUGGUAUACUCUUGGCAUUAAGAGCGCCUCUGAACUUGCAACAUUCUGGUUUGGUGGUGGUGGUGUGUGUAAUUUUGCUUUGGAAAAAUGGCCGCUUUUGGGAAUGCUAACACUAAACGCUACUCUUGGUGGUGGGAUAGUCACAUAAGCCCCAAGAACUCUAAAUGGCUUCAGGAGAAUCUUACAGAUAUGGAUAGUAAAGUCAAGCAGAUGAUCAAAGUUAUAGAAGAAGAUGCAGAUUCAUUUGCUAGGCGAGCAGAAAUGUAUUACAAAAAGCGUCCUGAGCUUAUGAAACUGGUCGAAGAGUUUUACCGAGCAUAUCGUGCUUUAGCUGAAAGAUAUGAUCAUGCCACCCGCGUCAUUCGUCACGCUCAGCAGACUAUGGCAGAAGCGUUCCCGAACCAAGACCCCAUGCUGUUUGGUGAGGAGUCGCUUGUCGGUCCAUCAACCGAAGAGUUUGAUCCGCAAACGCCUGAGAGUUACCCUCCUAUCCGAGCUCCGGUUUACCCCAGUGACUUGAAAAAAGGUGCGUUGGGGAUCUCUUCCUCUCAUAUGAGCACUGUAAAGAGAAAUAUAGCCUUCAUGGAAGAUCCUCAAGGCUUGAAAAUUGGAAAGGCAAGAAAAGGAUUGAAUUUCAAUGAUGCUGAUGGAAACGGGAGAAACGCAAAGGUUCUUUCGGAAUCCGAACGUGCUAGCAAAGCUGAAGCUGAGAUUGUGGCUUUGAAAGAUGCUCUUGCGAAAGUGCAGGCUGAAAAGGAAGCUAACUUAGCUCAGUUUGAUCAGAAUUUGGAGAGGCUGACUAAUUUGGAGUCUGAGGUAGCUCGUGCACAAGAAGACUCCAGGUGUUUUAAUGAACGAGCCACAAGAGCUGAAGCUGAGGUCGAAACACUCAGAGAAACUCUCAGCAAGCUAGAGGUUGAGAAGGAAUCCAGUCUUCUUCAGUAUCAGCAGUGUCUAGAAAACAUAGCUGAUUUGGGAGAGCGCAUUUCUCAAGCUCAGAAGGAGGCUAAUGAGCGAGCCAGCCAAGCUGAAGGUGAGAUUAUAGCGUUGAAGGAAAGCCUUGUUGGAUCAGAAACUGACAAGGAAGAUGCUCUUGUUCAAUAUCACCAAUGUUUGGAAACCAUAUCUAACCUGGAAGAGAGGCUGCGCAAGGCUGAGGAAGAUGCGAGGCUAAUCAAUCUACGCGCAGAAAAUGCUGACGGUGAAGUUGAAAACUUAAAGGAAAAAGUCUCCAAGCUGACUCAAGAAAACGAAGCUUAUGAGCUUCAGUACCAACAGUGUCUGGAGACAAUUGCAGACCUAAAGCUCAAGCUGUUUCAUGCUCAAGAAGAAACCCAAAGACUUAGCCGUGAAAUAGAGGAUGGGGUUGCUAAGUUAAAAUUUGCAGAGGAAAAAUGUGUUGUGCUCGAGAGAUCAAACCAGAAUCUGCACUCUGAGCUGGACGGUCUGUUGGAGAAACUAGGGAGUCAAAGUCAUGAGCUCACGGAAAAGCAGAAAGAGAUGGGGAAACUGUGGACUACUGUGCAAGAAGAACACUUGCGUUUCGUGGAGGCUGAGACGGCCUUUCAAACCCUGCAGCAAUUGCACUCUCAGUCUCAGGAGGAGCUAAACACUUUGGCGUUGGAACUGCAGAACAGGUCUGAGAUCCUUAAAGAUUUGGAGGCGCGUAACAGUGGUUUAUUGAAGGAAGUCCAAGAAGCCAAAGAGGAGAGCAAAAGCCUUAAUGAGCUCAACCUCGCUUCGGCUGCAUCCAUUAAAAGUUUGCAGGAUGAGGUGUCAAGAUUACGGGAGACGAUACAGAGACUUGAGGCGGAAGUUGAGCUGAGAGUGGACCAGAGGAAUGCUUUGCAGCAAGAGAUAUACUGUCUUAAAGAGGAGUUAAGCCAGAUGGGAAAGAAACACCAGUCCAUGGUAGAAGGCUUUGGAUCUUCUAUCAAGGAGCUGCAGGAGGAGAACUCAAAGCUGAAGGAAACAAAGGAAAGAGAGAGUAUCGAAAAGACGGUCCUGCUUGAGAAGCUAGAAUUGAUGAAAGAGCUUGUUGAGAAGAAUCUUCUUCUGGAGAAGUCCAUAUCAGAUUUGAACUCCGAGCUGGAAACAAUCAGAGGGAAGCUGAAGACAUUGGAGGAAGCUUUUGCAGAAGAGAAAUCAGGGCUUCAUUCUGAGAAGAACAUGUUGGUUUCCCGUUUGAAGAUUGCUACAGAAGACAGCAAGAAACUCUCUGAGGAAAACAGGUUACUGGAGAACUCUCUUUUUGAUGCGAAUGCAGAACUUGAAGAACUCAAGUCAAAAUUGAAAAGCCUAGAGGACUCAUGCCACUUGCUGAGUGAUGACAAGUCCAGUUUAGUUGGUGAAAGAGAAAGCUUACUCGCUCAUAUGGAUGUAAUGAGGAAAAGCAUUGAAGAUAUAGAGAAAGAACAGGCAGAGUUGAAUGUGAAAGUGUUGGAAUCAGCGGCCGAGAGGGAAUCUUGCCUUCAGAAAAUUGAAGAGCUAGGAGUGUCUCUAGAUGCCAAGGACCAUGACUAUGCUAGUUUUGUGCAGCUCUCUGAGACUCAGAUGAAUGGGAUGAAAUCAAAGAUCCAACGCCAGGAGAGAGUGUAUCAAGAGGAACUGGAUAGAGCUCAUGACGCUCACGUUGAGAUUAUUGUUCUGAAGAAAUGUUUGCAGGAGUGGCUUGAGAAGAGUUCCUCCCUCGUUGCUGAGAAUCAGAGUCUCAAACAAGCUGCUCAUCUGUUGGAGAAGCUAGUUUCUGAACUAGAACAGGAAAAUAUUGGGAAACAAGUGCAGAUUGAUUCCUCGGUUGAUUGCAUUAAAGUACUUAGAACUGGGAUCUACCAGGUAUUAAUGAAGCUUGAAAUUAUCCCAGGUUUUGGUUUUGUUGAUGAGAACAAACAAGACCCGAAAAAUAUUCAUGAGAUAUUGAGUAGACUUGAUGAGAUGCAAGCUAUGCUUUUGAAGAUUCAGAGAGAAAACCAUCAGGGGACUAUUGAGAACCUCGUCCUUGUUGAGUUUAUCCGGCAGCUGAAAUCAGAAGCUGUUGGUCUUGCAACAGGGAAGAAUAUCCUUGAAAAAGAAAAUGAAUCUCAGCGUUCUCAGCUGUUGCUUUUGCAGGAUGAGAUCCAGAAGCUUAUCUGCAUGAAUGGAGAAUUGAACACAGAGGUUAAUCAAGGAGUUGACAGAGAAGAAGUCUUGAAAGUAGAAAUUGAGGAUUUGCACCGGCAGUCAGCUAUUGAGGACCUCGUCCUUGUUGAAUUUCAUAAGCAGCUUAAGUCAGAAGCUGUUGGUAUUGCAACUGAGAAGAAGGCACUUGAAGAAGAACUUGAAUCUAAGCGUUCUCAGCUCUUGCUUUCGGUGGACGAGGCCCAAAAACUUGGCUACAUGAUUAGAGAAUUGACCAGGAAAGUUAAUCAAGGAAUCAGCAGAGAAGAAGUCUUGAAGGUGGAAGUUGAUGAUUUGCACAAGCAGUUUGCCAUUGAGAACCUCGUCCUUGUUGAAUUUCUUAAGCAACUUAAGUCAGAAGCUGCUGGUACUGCAACUGAUAAGAGUGCCCUUGAGGAAGAACUUGAAUCUCACCGUGACCAGCUCUCUUUUUCUAGGAAUGAGACCAAGAACCUUAGCCACAUGAAUAGGGAAUUAGCCUCAAAAGUUAAUCAAGGAGUCAACCGAGAAGAAGCCUUGAAGGUGGAAGUUGAUGAUUUGCACUGGCAGUCAGCCAUUGAAAACCUAGUCCUUGUUGAAUCUCUUAGGCAACUUAAAUCUGGUUUUGCAACUGAGAAGAAACUUCUUGAAGAAGAACUUAAAUCUCAGCGUUACCAGCUCUCCUUUUCUCGGGAUGAGACUGAGAAACUUAUCUACAUGAAUGGAGAAUUAACCACAAAAGUUAAUCAAGGAGUCAACAGAGAAGGAGUCUUGAAGGAGGAAAUUGAGGAUUUGCACAGGCAGUCAGCUAUUGAGAACUUAGUCCUUGUUGAAUUCCUUCAUCAACAUAAAUCAGAAGCUGUUGGCAUUGCAGCUGAGAAGACAGAUCUUGAGGAAGAACUUGAAUCUCAGCGUUACCAGCUAUCGUUUUUAGGGAAUGAGGCCAAGAACCUUAACCACAUGAUUGAAGAAUUGACUACAAAGGUUAAUCAAGGAGUCGUCAGAGAAGAAGUCUUGAAUGUUGAAAAUGAGGAUUUGCACUUGCAGUCUGCCAUUGAGAACCUCGUCCUUGUUGAAUCUCUUCAGCAACUUAAAUCAGAAGCAGUUGGUAUUGCAACUGAAAAGAAUACCCUUGAGGAAGAACUUGAAUCUAAGCGUUCUCAGCUUUCGUUUUCGCGGGAUGAGACCAAAAACCUUAUCUACAUGAUCGAAGAAUUGACUACAAAGGUUAAUCAAGGAGUCAGCAGAGAAGAAGUCUUAAAGGUGGAAGUUGAUGAUAUGCACCUGCAGUCUGCCAUUGAGAACCUCGUCCUUGUUGAAUUUCUUCGUCAACUUAGAUCAGAAGCGGUUUGUAUUGCAACUGAGAAGAACAUCCUUGAGGAAGAACUUGGAUCUCAGUGUUACCAGCUACAGCAUGAGACCAAGAACCUUGUCUUUAUGAUUGGAGAAUUGACCACAAAAGUUGAUCGAGGAGUCAACAGAGAAGAAGCCUUGAAAGUGGAAGUUGAUCAUUUGCACAUGCAGUCUGCCAUUGAGAACCUCGUCCUUGUUGAAUUUCUUCAUCAACUUAGAUCAGAAGCUGUUGGUAUUGCAACUGUAAAAGAAUCCCUUGAAGAAGAAGUUGAAUCUCAGAGCUACCAGCUAUCGCUUUCGCGGGACGAGACCAAGAAACUUACCAACAUGAUUGGAGAAUUGACCACAAAGGUUAAUCAAGGAGUCAACAGAGAAGAAGUCUUGAAGGUUGAAAAUGAGGACUUGCAAAUGCUGUCUGCCAUUAAGAACCUCGUCCUUCUUGAAUCGCUUUGUCAACUCAAAUCAGAAGCUGUUGGUAUUGCAACUGAGAAAAAACUCCUUGAAGAAGAACUUGAAUCUCAGCGUUCCAAGCUCUCGCUUUCUCGGGAUGAGACUCAGAAACUUAUCUACAUGAAUGGAGAAUUAACCACCAAAAUUAAACAAGGAGUCAACAGAGAAGAAGCAUUGAAGGUGGAAAUUGAGGAUGUGCACAGGCAAGUCUUGCAACUUCUAAACGACUACGCCACUUUGCAGGGAGAGAAUCACAAAACGUUGGACGAGAAAACAUACUUAACAAAGUCAACACUGCGGUUAGAGGAGGAGAAACGUAAACUAGAAGUGGACAUCUCUUUGCUUCUUUCCGAGACUAUAUACCAAAGCAAUCUCAUUAUUCUCUUGGAGGAUGUCGUUUUGGAAAAACUUUCAGAAGCGGUGAAACUAAAUGAGGAUUUGGACAGGCUGGAGGAAGAGGUGAGGGAGGUUGGUGAUAAGUUAACAUCCAGAGAAACUGAGAACUUGCAGCUUGAAGGUUUGCUAGAGAAAGCAGACGCCGAGCUGCUCUCUACCAGAUCAGCCAAUGAUCAGUUGGAACAUGAAAUUGCUGAUGUGAAGGAUCAGUUGGUUCAGAAGGAGAAAGAGCUUCUAGAAGCUAUGCUGAUGAUCUCCAUCGUGCAGAGUGAAAAAUCUGAACUAUCCAAGGCAGUGGAGGAUUUAGAAUGUAGAUACAAGGAAACUAAAUCAAUAGAAGAAGAGAAGGAUAAGAAGGUUCUGAAACUCCAAGGAGAUUACGAAGAGCAGGUUAAGAAGACUGGUCAUGCAAACGAAGCUAAUCUGAAACUGGAAGCUGACUUGUUGAACUUACUCAUGGAACUCGACGGAAUCAAAGCGGAGAAGGAAAAACUGAACCAGGAGCUUUGCAAAGAGAAGAAUGAGGUUGAACUAUGGGAGUCUCAAGCUUCAACAUUGUUUGGAGAUUUGCAAAUUUCAGCUGUUCAGGAAACAUUAUUGGAAAGUUUGACCUAUGAGCUAGCGGAAGCUUAUAAUAACCUUGAGAAUAGAUGCACAUUAAAAGACGUGGAGAUUGACCAGCUGAACCAGGAGCUUUCCAAAGAGAAGAAGGAUGUUGAACUAUGGGAGUCUCGAGCGUCAACAUUGUUUGGAGAUUUGCAGAUUUUAGUUGUUCAUAAAACAUUGCUUGAAGGGUUGGUCCAUGAGUUAGCGGAAGCCUACAAUAACCUUGAGAGUAGAUGUACACGAAAAGACGUUGAGAUUGACCAACUUAAAGGAAGAGUGAACAACUUAGAGGAUGCUAACAAAGAACAAGAAGAUGUUAUGAGCAAAUACUUCCAAGCUAUUAUAUUGUUGAAGGAAAGCAUGGACUCUUUAGAAAAACAUAUUGACAUGCCACAUGCACUCGAGGAUGAACCAGCCAAGGACACUGCUUCUACGGUGGAUAACAAGGAGGGCUUCUUAGAGUUGGAAGAAAUGUGUUUGAGAAUCAAAGCUAUUGAAGAGGCCUUCUUAACCAAGAAGCUCGCAAUGGAAGAACUAAAAACAUCUGCCCGAAGAAGCAGAAGGAGAAGUGGAAGUCUCCGGAAACAGAACCAUGAAAGUGAAAUGAUCACGAAAGAUAUCGUACUUGACCAGGUCUCUGAUUGCUCAUCAUAUGGGAUUAGCAAGAGAGACAUUCUCAAGAUAGAAGAUGAUCACAGUUUUGAGGUACAGACAGGUAAGUCCUUGUCUGAAGAGUCACUGGUUGUGGACAAGCUAGAGAUCUCCGACCGAUUCACGGAUCCAAACAAGGAAGUAAACAAGAGGAAAGUCCUCGAGAGGCUUCACUCGGAUCUACAGAAGCUCUCGAAUCUCCACAUAGCCGUGGAGGAUUUGAAAAGCAAAGUGGAGAGAGAGGAGAGAAGCGAGAAAGGGAAAGAAGACGAGUACGAAGCUGUCAAGGGACAGAUCCACGAAGCGGAAGAGGCUUUGGAGAAGCUUCUAAGCGUCAACAGGAAGCUAGUAACAAAAGUCAUAAGCGGGUUUGAGAUAUCAGACGGAAGCAAAUCUUCAGUGGAUCUUGAUGAGGACGAGAGGAGCAGAAGGAGGAGGAUAUCGGAGCAAGCGAGGAGAGGUUCGGAGAAGAUUGGGAGGUUGCAGUUUGAGAUACAGAGGUUACAGUUCCUGUUGCUGAAGCUAGAAGGAGAAAGAGAGGAACGAGCUAAAGCUAAGACGUCGGAUAGCAAAACGAGGACUCUUCUCAAGGAUUAUAUCUAUGGAGGAGUGAGAGGUGAGCGAAGGAAGAGGAUCAAGAAGCGGUUUGCGUUUUGCGGGUGUGUGCAGCAACCGCCUCCAUCUCCUUGAUCGUUUUUGAAUUGUGGAGUCAAACGUAACAAUAAUGGAAGUGAAUUCAAGUUUUAUAUAUACAUGAAUCAAAAACAAAACACCUUUGGUAGUA